UCUCUUCUUCUUCUUUGCACUGCUUUUUCUCCCCUUUCACUUGAUCCUCUCUCUCUCUUUCCCCCAACAAUUCCACCGUUUCAAACUCUAAGCCGUCUAUCUCUUGAUUUUUCCCACUUGAUUAGAGAGUUCCGUUUUCAGAAAUGGGGUUCCAUAUCAUUCUGAUGCAUGUUUCAUGAUAUCAAACGGGUAAUUUUCAAGCACAUCGUUCAAUGGGUGGAGUUUGUUCAAGGAAGAGAGACCAACAGGUUGAUGAAGAUGGUGUGCAGAUACAGGUCUCUGGGAGGUAUGGCAAAAGUGGCAGUUCAAAAUGGUUGAGAACCUCCUUUUCUCGGCCUGUUAUAGAUUGCCAGUUAGGAAGAGAAAGUUGCCCGUCUCUGAUGGAAUUAUGCAUUCAUAAAAUAUGCGAGGACAUUGAUAGAUAUACCAAAUUUUCCAUGCUGCCAAGGGAUAUAUCUCAACAAAUCUUCGACAAAUUUGUGGAUUCCCAUUGUCUUACUUCUGCUUCUCUUGAAGCUUUUCGAGAUUGUGCUAUACAGGAUGUUAAUUUGGGAGAAUAUCCUGAAGUGAAUGACAGCUGGAUGGAUAUUAUUUCUUCACAAGGCUUGUCUUUACUCUCUGUUGAUCUUUCUGGAUCCAGUGUUACAGACGAUGGGCUGAGUCUCCUGAAAGAUUGUUCAAACAUCCAAGCGCUUAGUUUCAAUUACUGUGAUCAAAUUUCAGAGGCCGGUCUAAAAAAUAUUAGUGGUCUUUCAAACUUGACAUCUUUGAGUUUUAAAAAGAGCAACACUGUUACUGCUGAAGGAAUGCGUGCCUUUUCCAGCUUAGUUAACCUAGCAAAGUUGGACCUGGAAAGGUGUUCUUCGAUUCAUGGUGGACUUAUUCAUCUUAAAGGUUUAACAAAGCUGGAGUCACUUAACAUCAGAUAUUGUAAAUGCAUUACAGAUUCAGACUUGAAGGCUCUUUCAGGACUUACUAGCUUGAAGGAGUUACAGAUGUCCUGCAGUAACAUUACAGAUAUUGGAAUUUCUUACUUGAAAGGUUUAUGCAAGCUUAUGUUGUUGGAUGUGGAAGGAUGCCAUGUUACCACCUCAUGUUUGGAUUCUCUAUCAGCUCUUGUUGCCCUGUCAUACUUAAAUCUUAAUAGAUGCGGUUUAUCUGAUGUUGGAUGUGAGAAAUUUUCUGGAUUAAAAAAUUUGAAGGUGUUAAACAUGGGAUUCAACAAUAUAACUGAUGCAUGUUUGGUGCAUCUGAAAGGAUUAAAAAAUUUGAAGGUGUUAAACAUGGGAUUCAACAAUAUAACUGAUGCAUGUUUGGUGCAUCUGAAAGGUUUAACAAAUUUGGAGAGCUUGAACCUGGAUUCGUGUAGUAUUGAGGAUGAAGGGCUGGCUAAUUUGACAGGCCUCUCACUCUUGAAAUGUUUGGAAUUGUCUGAUACUAAAGUGGGAAGCAAUGGACUCUGUCAUCUCUCAGGUUUGACUAAACUUGAGAGCUUAAAUUUGUCCUUCACAUUAGUAACUGACAGUGGUUUAAAAAAAUUGUGUGGAUUGACAUCCCUUAAAUCGCUAAAUCUGGAUGCUCGCCAAAUCACGGAUGCUGGGCUUGCAGCUAUCACCAGUUUGACUGGGUUGACUCAUCUGGAUCUGUUUGGGGCUCGUAUUUCGGAUGCUGGAACAAACUGUUUGAGACACUUCAAGAACCUCCAGACACUAGAAAUAUGCGGUGGAGGAUUAACCAACGCUGGAGUAAAGAAUAUCAAAGGCCUUGCUUCCUUGACACUGUUGAACCUGUCACAGAACUGCAACCUGACUGAUAAAACCUUGGAAAUGAUUUCUGGAUUGACUGCAUUAGUGUCUCUAAAUGUGUCAAAUUCUCGCAUAACAAACAACGGGUUACAGCAUUUGAAGCCUUUGAAGAAUUUACUUUCACUAUCCUUGGAGUCCUGCAAGGUGACUGCAUCUGAAAUCAGGAAGCUUCAGUCAACUGCCCUUCCCAAUUUGGUAAGCUUUCGACCUGAAUAGUUUGGGAACUGCUGAAAAAUACUUUGUAAAUUCCUGCUUUAUACUUGAAUAGUUCCAAAACUGUCGAAAAAUACUUUGUAAAUUCUUGCUAUCAGCCCAGGAUAGCUUUGUUUAUCUAUUGUGUAUCUAUCUAUCUAAAACCUUCUUCAGUACUGUACAUACCGCAUAGCAGAAAUAAAAUAUGGAUGGAUGUAAAUAUAAAGCUUUGUUUAUCUAUUGUAAAUAGAUGCUUGUUUGGAUGUAAACUACUGCUAUGAAGUGUGGAAUAAAACAAUUUCAAGCCAUGCAGAAUGCUGGAUUCUGCUGUUGGAUUAUGAAUAUUUUCUUUCAGAA